CUCGUGUUGCAUUGUCACUUCAAAGAGUUUCACGGUGGGGGCCUAAAAGUUGUUUUUGCUACACAAAUUACUAAUAACGCCAAAGAAAUGUGGUUGUUUAAAGCCGUCUUACUGACUCUCUUUAUAUCCUCAUUGUUUUGUGAAGAUGAAAAUGUAGUUAACGAUCCUGCAACAGAAAAAGAAGAAUCUGACAUCGCAGAAGAUACACCGAGCAGUGAGUCAGAGGAGAGUAGUGAAGUGAAGGAGGAGAAUGGGGUACUUGUGUUGACCACAGGAAACUUCGACGAUGUUAUCAAUAAACAUAACGUCAUUCUUGUUGAGUUUUAUGCGCCUUGGUGUGGACACUGUAAGACACUAGCACCAAAAUAUGAAAAGGCAGCCCAAAGAAUGAAAAAUGAAAGUCCUCCAGUGCCAUUUGCAAAAGUUGAUGCCACAGUUGAGUCUGAUCUUGGAUCAAGAUUUGAAGUUCAAGGAUACCCUACUCUGAAAAUAUUUCGUAAAGGCCAGGCAUAUGAUUAUGAUGGUCCCAGGGAAGAAGAUGGAAUUGUAAACUACAUGAAAGAGCAAUCAGAUCCAAAUUGGAAGCCUCCUCCAGAGGAAGUUAUAACUCUCACUAAGGAUAAUUUUGCAGAAGUAACUUCUAGGGAGGAUCUGAUGCUAGUAGAGUUCUAUACACCAUGGUGUGGUCACUGUAAACGACUUGCCCCAGAAUAUGAAAAGGCUGCAAAAGUAUUAAAGAAUCGAGAACAGCCAAUUUUGCUAGCCAAGGUUGAUGCAACUCAAGAGGGUGAAUUAGCCAAGCAGUAUGGUGUGACUGGUUACCCAACACUGAAAGUUUUCAGAAAAGGAAAGCAUUCUGAAUACAAAGGUGGAAGAGAUCAAACAGGUAUUAUAUCAUACAUGGAAGGACAGGUUGGACCAAGCUCUAAGCUUAAGCCAACAUUAAGAGAAGUGAAGGAGUUUAUGAAACAGGCCAUUGAUGAUUUUGUUGUUCUUGGGGUAUUCAGUGAUGAAAACGAUCCUCUUUAUACCACAUAUCUUGAGACUAACAAUGACCUCAGGGAUGAUUAUGCAUUUGGGCACACUUUUGAUGGACAAGCAAAGAAGCAUUUUAGCAUUAAAGAGAGCAGCAUCAUUAUUAUCCAUCCAAGUCAUUUAACGUCAAAGUAUGAACCAAAAUAUCAAAUUUUUAAGGAUAGCAAGGGAACGCAAGCAGAUAUACAGAAUUUUUAUGAAAAACACUCAGCUCCCCUGGUUGGGCACAUUCAGUCUCACACAGAAAAGCGAUUUUCCAAAAGGCCUCUUGUUGUCGUGUAUUAUGAUGUCAACUUCGACCAUGAUUAUGCUUCAAUGACACAGUAUUGGCGAAACAAAGUUGUUGAAGUUGCACACUCCUACCCUGACAUACAAUUUGCUGUUGCUGAUGAGGAAUCAUAUGCUGAAAAACUCAAAGAACUGGGACUAGCAGAGUCAGGGGAGGAUGUUAAUGUAGGAUUCUUUGACAAGAAAGGACUCAAAUAUGCAAUGGAUGAUGAAUUCAGCGAAGACGACUUGAAAGAAUUUAUUGAUUCAUGUCUAAAAGGUGAUGUGAAGCCCAUUUUAAAGUCUGCUCCAGAGCCAAAGAAAAAUGAUGGUCCUGUCAAAGUUGUUGUUGGAAAUACAUUCGACAAAAUCGUAAUGGAUGAAUCAAAAGAUGUUUUGAUUGAAUUUUAUGCUCCGUGGUGCGGCCACUGCAAAUCUCUAGAUCCUAUAUACAAAAAGCUUGGUCAGAAAUACAAAUCCGACAAGAAUCUAGUUAUUGCAAAGAUGGAUGCCACAGCGAAUGAUGCUCCACCAGAAUUCAAGGUAGAAGGUUUUCCGACAAUAUACUUUGCCCCACCUGGCAAGAAAACCGACCCCAUCAGGUUUGAUGGUGACCGUACUGUUGAAGGAUUUUCAAAAUUUUUGGAAGAAAGAGCAGUUGCUUCGUUUAAGAAAGGCAAAGAUGAGCUGUAAUCAACAAUGCUACGCAAUGCAUAGGGACUAAGAACAGAAUAAGCUAAUGCUGCAUAAAGAGUUUCAAAUUAUUUGGAUUCCUGAACGGCCAAGGCGUUAUCGGGAAAGUUAUGUCUGGCUACAACUCUCUGCUCUUUUACUUUCAGAAUUAUGAAUGUACAAUUUUUAUAAAGUAUAGAGAAAUAUGCUUUAUGUAGCCAAUAAUGUUAGUGUUUCGAGUAGAUUGGAAGAAAAUAUAUUAUAGACAAAAAGAUUUCAA